CUUACAUUUUGUAUACUUCAAGUUGUGCAAUAGUGAUAGUAGUCAGACGCCGUCUGUCAUCAGUUGACUUGAUUUACCUACCAGAGCAGAGAAGACCAAGAUGGGAAGCGUAGGCAUUGAACCGUUUCAGACCACCUUCGCUGUGCCUUUACACUGUCAAUCUUGCGUUCAAGAUGUUACCGGUGCUUUGAAUCAAGUAGAAGGUAUGUUCAGGCUGUUUCAGAGUUGAUAAGCUCCAGCAAUGACAUUUCUUCUCCCGCCAGGCAUCCGUAAGAUCGAAUGCAAUCUCGGAGACCAACUUUUUUAUAUUGAAGGGACAGCACCUCCAUCAUCAAUUGUAUCAGCUAUCGAGUCUACCGGACGAGAUGCGAUCUUGCGUGGGAGUGGGAAGGCGGACUCUGCCGGGGUGUGCAUCUUGGAAACGCACGCGAAGGGAGUGUCAGAUCCCGUGCGAGGGCUGGCAAGGAUGGUCCAGGUAUCAGACAAUCGAACCCUGGUGGACUUGACUCUACGUGGGGUGUCGCCGGGCACUUAUCAUGCCACGGUGCGGGAGACAGGCGAUAUCUCACGUGGUGCAGGAUCGACAGGUGGCAUCUGGCAAGCGGUCAAGGCUCUGGGAGGGUUCGACCAGCCUCGCGGCAUGUUUGGCACUGUCGAAGUUGGCCAAGAUGGCCGCGGUAGUGCCUUUUUGGACCGACCUGUGUCAAUUUGGGAAAUUAUUGGUCGCAGCAUGGUCGUGUCGAAACAACGAGAGGGUUCGUUUCAGACCGAGGGUGCAGACACCCUGGUAGGGGUCAUCGCCCGCAGUGCCGGGGUUUGGGACAAUGACAAGACAGUCUGCAGCUGUUCAGGGAAGACAGUCUGGCAGGAACGUCAGGAGCAGAUGGGAAGGGGGAUGAUAUGACCUGAUGUACGCUGAGGAUUCUAACGAGUAAUUCUCGUCUGUAGAAAAUUUUUGAUAUACAUCAGCAACACGUCGUGAUUGUUCGGAAGCAGGUUGCAUUCGCGGCUGAAGGAUUGCGAGUCGGGC